AUGGAGCUACCCAGUGAUAAUACAAAGAGAGGCGUCCAUAGUUACAAGUUGCCUAGCUCCAUGACAUUAAUCGUGAAAGGGCAAAUGGUGGAUUUUAACAAGAUUUGGAAAGAUUUUAGUACCAUUGAUUUGUCUUCCAAUAGUUUUUGUGGAAAGUUACCAAAUGCAAUUGGUGAUCUUACAUCACUUCAUCAUCUUAACUUCUCCCACAAUGCCCUCAAUGGAAGCAUCCCAAAAUCAUUUGGUCAACUGAAGAAUCUCGAAUCACUCGACCUCUCAGUGAACCAACUAGCAGGCCCAAUUCCGGAUGAGAUUGGAGGGCUCACAUUCCUUUCAAAAUUGAAUCUCUCGUACAAUAAGUUUGUUGGAGCGAUCUCAAAAGGGCUGCAAAUCCAAACAUUCUCGGCUGACUCAUUUGAAGGAAAUUCGGGGUUAUGUGGUUUCCCUCUCGACAAAAGAAGUAAUACUAAUGUAUCGCCGCCAGCGGGAUAUGAUGACAAUGGGGAAGAGAAGAGGGAGAUAGAGUAG